AUGCCCACCACGAAGCUCACCAGGCCCACCGUGCCCUUCAGCGAGGCCGCUUGGAUCACCGGCCUGCCCUCGUCCAUCUUCACCGAAGAGUCCCACUACAGGCUGCGAGAAUGGGCGAGGAAGUGGUGCGACGACGUCCUCAUGCCCGCUGCCGCAAAGUACGAGGAAGCCGGCAUCAUCACCGACAAUGACGCCUACAGCCAGGCCGCCAAGGACGGCGUCCUCCUCGUCUUUGCCCUCGGAGUCCGCGUCCCCCAGAAGUUUGCCGACAUGGCCAAAGCGCAGGGCAUCGAGCUGCCUGCCGGCAUCAAGCCGUCCGAGUGGAACAACAUCCACGACUACAUCAUCUGGGACGAGUUCAACCGCUGUGCAAGCAGCGCCGCCGUCAUGGGACUCGUCGGCGGCCUGACCUACGGCGCCGGCCCCAUCAUCCACUUUGCCAGCGAGGAGCAGCGCCAGAAGUGGCUGCCCGACAUUUUUGCCGGAAAGAAGCGCAUCUGCCUCGCCAUUACCGAGCCCCUCGCCGGAUCCAACGUCGCCAACCUGAGCACUUCGGCCGUCAAGAGCGACUGCGGCAAGUACUACAUCGUCAACGGCAACAAGAAGUGGAUCACCAACGGCAUCUACUCGGACUACUUCACCACCGCCGUCCGCACCUCGGGCAAGGCCGGCGACGCUCACGGCAUCUCGAUGCUCCUCAUCCCGCGCGGCGAGGGCGUCACGACCAAGCACAUGAAGAUGAUGGGCGGCGGCGGCUCCGGCACCACGCUCGUCGAGUUUGACGACGUCAAGGUGCCCGUCGAGAACCUCAUCGGCAAGGAGGGCGAGGGCCUGCGCCUCGUCUUCUACAACUUCAACCACGAGCGCAUGACGAUCGCCUUUACCGCGCUGCGCUACGCCCGCGUCUGCCUCGAGGACUCGAUCGCCCACGCCCGGCGACGCGAGGUGUUUGGCCAGAAGCUCAUCGAGCAGCCCGUCGUCCGUCACAAGAUCGGACACAUGGCCAGAGAGGUCGAGGCGCUGCAAGCCUGGGUCGAGUCGGUCGUCUACUCGCAGCUGCACCUGUCCACAGAGCAGUCCAACCUCUUGACCGGCGGCACCUGCGGUCUGCUCAAGGCCCACGCCGGCAUCGUCCUCGAGCACGUCUGCCGAGACGCCGUGCACCUCCUCGGCGGCAUGGGGCUGACCAAGGGCGGCACCGGCGACCGCAUCGAGCGCAUCUGGAGGGAGCUCAAGGCCUUGACCGUGCCCGGAGGCAGCGAGGAUGUGCUCCUCGACCUCGGCGUCCGCCAGCAGCUCAAGCUCGUCAAGCCCCAGGGCGCAAAGAUGUAG